AUGAGAAGAGGCGACCCCAACACCGCUGCGCAGUCCGGCCGGCUGUUGAUCGAGAUGGGCAAACAGCUUUCCGCAUAUCAACAGAACGAUAGUCAUGAGCGCAGAACGAAGUCUCCGGCUGGCGAACAAGUCGAAGUUACAGACGAAACGGCGGUGUUCCCACCAACACCCCGUUGCUGCCGACCGAAUCGAAGCCAUGGCCGCCAACAUGAACGAAGAUACAACACCCUCUCUUUCGCCUCAUUGAGAGGGCACCCGACCGGGCCUGUCUGUUGUCGUUACGGUCGACACUGGGUGGCACCAAGCCGUUUCGCGACUUGGCUCCAUGCAAUCAAUCGACUCUUGCCAUUGCCGUCAAUACUGCUUGCGGAUUUGCAAGCUGUAUUGCAGGCACAAAGCCCCAAAAGCUAUGUCCAUAGCGCUGAGACUCGAGAACCCACAUACCUUCGUUGCCGCCCAGCUGAUCUACUCCGCAUCACUGCACAGUUUGCGCCUGGCUACGCGGAUCAGCUCAACUCUCACGAGGCGAAAGAGACAAGCAAAAGAGACGAGCCACAUUUCAUCAGUUUCGUCCCCGAACUCAUCGCCUGCGUCCUCUUGAUUCAUCUCGUGCUCGUUUCGUCGUGGAUGUCACCGCGAGAAGUGGCCUGCUUCAAACCCGGCGCCAUGCUGUUGUGA